GACGAAGAACAUCGGACCCCGUGCCUCCGUACUCAAAGCCCAGCUUUUAUCACACCCCCAUUUCCCCACCACUGUUCUCUCUCUCUCUCUCUCUCUCUCUCUCUCUCUCUCGCAUAGUUGCAUGGCCUCACCAUCGCCACCCAUGAAACCCAAGGCCCACCACUACACCACAACUACCCCCGUCACCACUGCAACCACCACCACUGCAACCACCACCACUGCCAAUAACUCCAGCGACAGCACUUCUCCCAGCCCACCUCCAUCACCUCGCCGCCACUCUAACUUUCCCCAAUGCCGUCGCCGCCGGCUUCCCAAAAGAGUCCACUCGUUUCCCCGCCGGGAGAGCUUCAUCGCCGGAAUAUUCCUCCGGCGAGGCAUCCGGUACUUCCUGCUGCUGCCUCUACUGUACUUAGUCUCGGGCUUGAUCAUGUGCGUGGGUCCCUUCUCUUUGAUCAUGCACCCGCGACCUUUACCUGGGUCGGUCUACCGCAGCCACGAGAUUUUUGACAAGCUUUGGGAUGAUAUUCGGUCCGAUAACUCCUCCGCGAUUGAGCUGUCCUCUAUAUGGAGAUACAAGAGGAAGCUGAAAGAGCAGAAACCCUGCCCACAAAAAACCGGUGGUCGAAACUUUGGGUCCUCUAUGCUUGGCAAAUACCUGGUUGUUGAAGCUAAUGGUGGGCUUAAUCAACAGAGGUCAUCGAUCUGCAAUGCUGUGGCUGUGGCUGGACUUUUGAAUGCGACACUAGUUAUCCCUCAGUUUGAGUUCCACAGUGUUUGGAAGGAUCCAAGUCAGUUCAGUGAUAUAUAUGAUGAGGAGCAUUUCACAACCACCCUUCAAGACUCUGUGAAAGUGGUACAUGAGCUACCUCUGGAAUUGAUGGAAGUAUACGAUUUCAACAUCAGCAAUAUACCAAUUUUCCGAGUACAAGCUUGGGCUACAGCCAAACAUUACUUAGAAGAAGUGUAUCCAGUCUUAAGUGAGCAGCGAGUUAUCCGCAUUGCUCCAUUUGCAAAUAGAUUGGCAUUGGAUGUUCCACGAGACAUUCAAUUUCUGAGAUGCUUAGCCAACUACGAAGCAUUGAGAUUCUCUCUUCCAAUCUCUACGCUUGCAAAAAAACUAGUCAACCGAAUGAUUGACAAGAGCUCAAGUUCGGAAGGAAAGUAUGUUUCUGUCCACCUUCGAUUUGAGGAGGAUAUGGUGGCCUUCUCAUGCUGUGUGUAUGAUGGAGGAGAGGCUGAAAAAAGUGAAAUGGAUUCAAUUAGGGUAAAGGGCUGGGGAAAGAAGUUCAAACGAAAAGCUCACAUAAUUGCACCUGAUCUCAAUCGGAUCAAUGGAAAGUGCCCUAUGACUCCUUUGGAGGUUGGGAUGAUGCUGAGAGGUAUGGGAUUUUCGAACAAUACUCCAAUCUACUUGGCCUCUGGAAAUAUCUACCGUGCUGCGAGAAACUUAGCUCCUCUAUUGAAGAUGUUUCCUCUACUGCAGACUAAGGAGUCUCUUGCAGCUCCAGAAGAGCUUGCUUCAUUUGAGGGUUAUUCUUCAAGAUUGGCUGCUUUGGACUACAUGGUAUGCUUGUUUAGUGAGGUGUUCGUUACAACUCAAGGUGGAAACUUCCCGCAUUUUCUGAUGGGCCAUCGAAGAUUCCUUUACAACGGGCAUGCUAAAACGAUCAAGCCUGAUAAAACCCAGCUUGUUUUCUUAUUGCAGGACACGAGAAUCAGUUGGAAGGCUUUCAAGGAUCAAAUGAAAACAAUGGUAGCCGAAAGUGAUCGCAAGGGGAUAAUGGUACCUAGGGUUAGAAAAAGCAACCGAAAGGCUUCUGUUUUCUCAAACCCUAUCCCAGACUGCAGGUGUCUAUGGGAAUCAACAAACUUGACACUCAAAUUGACCCAUACUUCCCAUGCGCCAUAUCUUUGAUGGAACCCAUUUGUAUGGCCAAGAAAAGCUCAUGCUACAGCUACUACUAGUACAUUUUUCCCCGGAGCUUAAGUCACCUUUGUUUGUUGAUUUUUACUGUUACAAGAAAAUAUUCCAUGGAGGGGAAGAGAAGCACGGGGCAGGAGGGUUUUGAAAUUUGACCAUCGGCGGGAUAUUUAUGUACAACAAUUUUUCUUCUUACCAUUCAACACGGCGAUCCUCAACACCUCACAUAUUAUUGCUUGCUUCUGAAGAUACUGGCAUCCGUUUGAUUUUGCUUUCUAGUGCAGAUUCAGAUGAUUAUCAUAUUCGGCGAUAGGCUGGGUUUGGAGAAUGAGAUGUCGACUUUGGCCCAUAAGUAGUGGUCUCAACAUUUAAUAUAGGUUCAAGCGUGCAGUUUGGAUUUUUUUAUUUUUUUAUUUGCUCUCAAAAAUUGGCGUGGUUUUAGUUAUUUGGUGAUGUUCCCGUCUGUGUCACCUUUGAAGAAGACAAUUCGUGGACUGCAUCUGCUCUGAAGGGUUCCCGCAACAUUUGUACUGUAAUUUGAACUACUGAUUUGGGGUGUGAUCAAAGAAAUAGAGGUAAUUGUAUGUCCAUGAACAAUUUUCAAUUCGCUCAUGGUUUUUGGUGUAGAUCUGAAGUUUUAUGCUAUUGGGAAUUGAAAGGAAUUGUAUCAAAGUUUUCAAAA